UCGGAAGCGCUGGAGCCCAACGGCCGGCCGCGCCGCGCGGGAACGCCAGGGGCCGAGGCCCCGCCCCGGCGGGUUUGAACCGAGCCCCGCCCCGCGAUCGGCCAAUCCGCAGGCCGACGGCUUCUCCGAGGCGGCUCUUUGUGGGCGCCGACGGGCUCCAGGGCGCUGAGCGGAGCGGCUAGGCGGUCUCGCGGCGCAAGGCACAAUGUUUGCACGAGGACUGAAGAGGAAAUGUGUUGACCAGGAGGAAGAUGGGGAGGGUACCCUGGCCGGCUUUAGCACCAUCCCUUCCUAUAGCCUGCAGCGGCAGUCACUCCUGGACAUGUCCUUAGUCAAGCUCCAGCUCUGCCACAUGCUGGUGGAGCCCAACCUCUGUCGUUCAGUCCUCAUUGCCAACACCGUCCGGCAGAUCCAGGAGGAGAUGACCCGGGAUGGUGUGGGGCGUGGGGCAGCACCCCAGAGCACUGGGCGGGCCCCACUUGACCGCCUGGUGUCCACAGAGAUCCUGUGUCGCACAGUGAGGGGACCGGAGGCUGGGGUCCCUGCUUCUGACCUGGGUGAUGGCCCCCUGCCAGGCCCACCCCCUGGACUUUGCACAGCCGACUCAGCAGAGGAGCCCAGGAGCCCUCACAGCAGCCUUUGGGAAACGGACAGUCCUCGAGAAAACAGGGGGAGUUUCCACAAGUCGCUAGAUCAGAUAUUUGAGACUCUGGAGCAUAAGAGCUCCAGUUCCAUGGAGGACCUGUUCUCAGACAUGGACAGUUCUUACUAUGACCUGGACACCGUGCUGACUGGAAUGAUGACCAGCGUCAAGCCAGGCCUCUGUGAUGGGCUGGAGGGCUUUCCUGCAGCUGCCCCACCUCCUGCCUCCACCUGCAAGUCUGACCUGGCUGAGCUGGAGCAUGUGGUGGAGAUCCUGGUGGAGACCUGAGAGGAAGCCCCUUGAUGGGUCUCGGACACAGCUGGUGCCCCACAGAGACAGAGGGGACUCCUGCACGAGGAGUCCUCACAGCCCUCACCCAGCUGCCCUGCCCAGCCUGGCUGUUUGUGGAUUCUGAAAAUGUCCUAGAACAGAUGGCCACCGACAGGUUGCAGUUCCUCAGGUCUGCCCUCGCUUUUCAAGGAGGGCGGUGUAGCGUGUGUGGCUCGAGGAACUGGGCGCACCCUGAGCUCUCAGCCCUGGGCUGGCUGACAACUCACAGCGCUGGGCCUGUGUCUUUUGGUGUCUAAGCUGCUGCUGUCAUGGAAGAUGGCGAGAGCACAAGCGACAUCUGACCUGGUUUAAAUUUAGAUAGGUGAACUUUUAAAAAUUAAGUUUUAUAUGUUUUGGACACUAUUAUCUUAAGAUAUAUUUUUAAAACUUUUAUACUUUACCCUCUUAGGUUUUUUUCCACUAUUUUCUUAAAAGUAUAUUUUUUUGGGAGCCGGGGAGAUGGCUCAGUAGAAUAAGUACUU